AUGUCAGAAGCCUACGAGCGCGAGCGCCAAAACAACGCUCGUCUCGACGAGCUCUCCGCCAAGGUCUCCGCCCUCCGCGGCGUGACCAUCGAUAUCUACGACUCUGCGAGCAACCACCAGCUGAUCGACCAGAACAACGAAACCUUCUCCUCAAUGGGCACCCAACUCAAGGGCUCCGCCGGCCGUCUCGGCCGCAUGGCCGCAUCCGGGAACAAGGUCGCCAUCUUCAAACUGUCGGGUAUCAUCAUCGGCAUUGUGCUAGUGUUGUACUACACGUAUCAUUUGUUCUUCUAG